AAUACUGUCCAUAGUCGUAGAGUUACACUAGUGUCGUUUGAACCCCCAGAAUUCAGACUUUGAUCCUGUCACUUUGUUUGAACGCACUCUUCUCUUUUGUGUGCCGUUGUCGUCGAGCCUAACACGCUAAACAGUCAACGUCACAGAGAGCUACCACUUGGAUUUUUCCACGUUCAGUGUAACAGUCUUUCAAGUUACUACCUACGGAGGUUUCAAUUUCACUUUUGGUGCUCUCUACCUGCCUCAAAUCGGCCUCGUGUAUGUUGUUAUUGAUGCAUGUCCUCUCACAUAUUUUCCAGGGCUUCAUACACCAUUGACGGGGUUGUUGGGCAGGAGUUCUACAACGCCAUCGGGAUCUACCUCGCCAUCUGGGACUUGAUUACGUUCAUCUUCUUCCUUUGCGCACUUCGUACAAUCGCCCCCAUCGUUGUAACGCUCGGACUGAUCUCAUCCAGCAUCACUAUAUCCUAAAGACUCUCUGUCGUGAUACUUAGCGGUGCCCGCUACCGGUUUGUAAAGCAGGAUGACAGGGUAGAUGCAUGUUCGAUUGAUGCGAGGGCAUGCUGAUACAGAUCUGAAUAGUAUAUAGACGAGGAAAACCGCAACGGGAGCGACUCGUUCUCGUUACUGGGCACAGUCACCGUUCCCACAUAUGUGUUACCAGUGACCCAGUGAAUGGCGCGGCACAUCCAUAUAACCGAUUUUCUCGCAGUAGGAUA